AUGUUAAUAAUUGACCCCCCAUGGCUCUUCAUAUACUUCUCAAAGACAACUUUUGACAUAGAAAAAGUCCCUAUCGUAUCAAUUUCCAUCACAGUCCUAAACCCCUUUGUCGACAAUUUGCUAAAAGGAGCCAAAAAAUUCCCAGCUGCAUUAUUCACCAAAAUAUCAAUUUUCCCUAGUUUCCCCAACACAAAGUCCACAGCCGCAUUAAUUUGUCCCAAAUCCCUUACGUCACACUGAAAAAUCUCACAAAUUUUCCCACCUUUCUCAAGCUCAGCUUUUGCGUUUCUCAAUCUUUCUAAAUUUCUGCCCAAAAUCGCGAUACUAGCCCCAUGCUGUAUUAAAUAUUUCGCUAUUCCUAAGCCAAUCCCAGAGCCGCCACCUGUGAUAAGGGCAACUUUUCCUUCCAAUAAAUUUUCUCUAUAA